UUACUGUCGUGGUCGCUGCUUUUAAUCAUUUUUCGCAUCGGCUCGAGCAAAUGAUCAAGGGAUUGUUUUGAUGUAAAUAAUUAGCGAAACGCAUGAUUAACGAAGUUCAAAAUAAUGGAAUUAUCACCUGGAGGACAGCCCGUGGAUAAAAAACCAAUUUUGACGCCCGAUGGACUUUUGCUAACACCUAUUGGCAACAAUACCGCUGCAGAACAAAACUCCAAUCCAUUGUCUCCGACAACAAGCGGCAAUACCAAUUUGACAGCGAUUUUACCUGUCAUAUACGAAAUAAUUCGGUGUGUGGAAAAGGAUCCCCUUGAUAACGCAACCAAACAACGGGAGUCCCAGGAGUGUAGCCAGAAAAUAUUGGAAUUACAGAAACGCUUUGAGAUCGCAAGAACUGAGGUAAAACAAUUGCCUGGUAUAGACUACAAUAAGGAGGAACAACUUCAAAGGUUGGAACUGCUACGAAAUCAGCUAAAACUAAAACAACAACUCAUUCGUAAAUACAAAGGCACACAGCUUUAAUAAAAAGCUGCUUGCGCUUUCCUCAAGUCCAAAAUGGUUUUUCGGUUUUUGCUGCGUUA